GUCAGAACCCUCAGGUCUGCCUGCUCAGUUCAUCCCAAGAAACCGCUGCUCCAGGACUGGAAGAAGCCUUAGACCCCAGUCCUACCCCAGACAGAAAAACCGAGGCCCAGAGAGGGACAGGAAUCUACCCCAAGUCACACAACGUGUUAGUGGCAGGAACCAGGCCGGAACCCGGGUGCCUUGGUUCCUGGUCUGGACAGAGGUGCCAUGCAGUCCCGGGUCCUUCUCGUCACUGCCCUCCUGGUGCUCCUGGCCUCUGCCCGAGCUAUAGAGGGGGAGGACCCCUCCCUUCUGGGCCUUAUGCAGGGUUACGUCCAGCAUGCCACCAAGACCGCCCAGGACACGCUGACCACCAUGCGGGAGUUCCCGGUGGCCCAGCAGGCCAGGGACUGGGUGACCGGUCGCUUCAGCUCGCUGAAAGACUACUGGAGCACGCUUACAGGCAAGUUCUCUGGGUUCUGGGAUUCGACCUUUGCCGUCACACCGACGCCAGCCUCUGAAGCCAAGUGAGACCUUGACGCACCACGUCUUCCUGCCCACCCAGCCCGCUGGCUCCUUGGGCCAUCCCAAAAGUCGCUUGAAAGUGACGGCAUUCUCACCUUCCGCCCCACCCCAGACCUGGCCCACCCCCAAGCCUCCUGCCCUGCCAAUAAAACUGGAUGAGAAGCUGCCGCGAGUGGGACGUCCCACGCAUGCCAUGUGUGUUCGGGCGUGGAAAUGGGCCAGGGCUCUUCUGUGGGUGGGCGCUGGGCUGCGUCCCACUCAGCCGGCCUGGGGCCAGUGCCCUACGCACCCGUUAGCAGUCGGGUGGUGUCUGGGCCCAAGUUUCCUCAUCACACGGAGGCAGGAGAACUCUGCUUCCACAGGCUUGUGUGGAGGAGAAGAUGGGGUAAGAGGUCCGACAACACUUUGAUAAACUGUCAGAUGCUGU